AUGGAUAUCCGGCUUCUCCCAGAAGCGGAACUCACCAACCGUGGCGGGUUCCCUAUUCCUUGUGGAACGGCAACAGCCAUAAUUGAGAAAUUGCGUUCUUUGUGCGCCGAUAAUAAUAUCCAAGGAUUUCAGAAGGCGAUGUACUCUGAGAUUCUCGAUGUAGCGGACCUUCACGAUGUGAUGAUGGAAGCAAUUCAACUUGACCGAGUCGAAUUCGUUUCAACACUUCUCUCUCAUGGCUUCCUGAUAAAGCCUUCUUUUGCUCGAAAGGCAACAUUAUGCAAGGCGAAGCGCGUUCUCGAAUGUUUUCUCGGAGCUGGAUGGGACAUAAAUGAGCCAGUUGAUGUUUUAAUACCUCCUGUACUUUGCUUCGCGGUAACAGACGCCGAGAUGACCAGUUGGUUUCUGCAACAUGGUGCGAACCCGAAUACGCGAUGCGAGGUAGACUGCACCCCGUUGUCCUAUGCUGUUCGAAAUGCACCUCUGAGUGUCAUCGAACUACUGCUAGACCGUGGAGGGGAUGUGGGGAAAGGACAACUUCUUCAGUAUGCCGUUUGUCGAGACGAGGAGGUUGAAGAUGUCAUUUCCCUGCUCGUCGAAAGAGGUGCCCCUUUGAACGCGACAAUGUGUCAGGAUGGCCCGACAUUGAAGAUAGGAAUGAAUUGA